AUAUGCACCAAACACAAACAUUCGUACAGCCAAAUUCGCUGCGUCUCUCCUCAAACUCGUACUCUCUCGGGCGUCUGCUGACGACACGGAAAGCUGAUUUGGUUGGAAACUGGCCUGGAAAGUGACAAAAUUGUCACUUUCCUCCGCCAACAUGGCAACGAAACCUACUGACAUUUUGCGUGAUGGUAAAUUGAUUUUCUUUAAAUAUGAGGAGAAUUGGACAAGCCGAAAUGCCGUUCGUCUUCAUGUUGAUCCAACACCUUAUAUUUUGUAUUGGAGGUACAAGGAUCCUAAAGUUUUCAAUACAAAGGAGCUUGCUUACGAGAAGAACUACAUUUAUCUAGAACGAAUCUAUGACGUUCGUGCAGGAAAACCGACAGACUUUGAAUUAGUGCCCAGCGAGAGAAGUUAUGAGCCCAACUUUUUGACUAUUGUCAGCGGGACAAGCAUCACGAAUCUAAAGUUCACUCAUUUCGUGUGUAUGGAGAAGAAUGAGAAACGCCUGCACGAGUUCGCCGCCACUCUAUUUACUGUGGUACAGCGUGUCAAACGGGAAGAGCACGGACUUUUGUAUCAUUUUCGUAAAAAGUUGGCUCCGAAGAUGUACGCGGCGUUUACUAGAAGGUGUAUUGAAGAAGAUAUUAUGAAGGUUUUCGACAAGCAUCGAAAAAACUCAACGAAAAUUGAAUGGACAGAGGUUGGAAAACUCCUUCCAGUGAAUCGAAAGUCUGUCGAGAUAGACGAUCAGAAGCUCAUAAAGAUCAUUAUGAUACUUACCAAGUUUGAGGGUUCCAGGUUGGAAGCUAUAUUUCGAAAAAUAAGCGAGGAUGAACCUGUUGCCACAAAGUUAGAAUUUGGCGAUUGGCUUAGAAAAAAUCAACACGAUCAUCGACUCAACGACGCUAGGUUCAAUCAGGUGUCAGAUAGGAAGAUCAACUCGAUUUUAGAAAACUGGCAGUAUUCUAGCGAUUCCGCAAUUUCACCUCAAAUGUUCACACAUUGGAUGGUGUCCGAUGAGUGCGGAGUUGCGAUUUCGGCACAAAGAAUGAAGAUGGAUGUGACUAGUAUGAGAGAGCCGAUCAACAAGUAUUUCAUUAAUUCUUCACACAACACUUAUUGUUCUGGCAACCAACUGGUCUACGCAAUUGGUCAUUGCUCCGCUGACGUUGAGAUGUAUCGUCAGGCUCUUCUAAGUGGAAGUCGAUGCGUUGAGCUAGAUAUGUGGGAUAACAAGGACAAAGAUGGAGAACCUGUGAUAACUCAUGGACCAACUGCAGUUAUGGGAAUGAACGAGAUUGGAUUGAAAGAAGUUUGCGAGGCGAUCAAGGAAUGUGCUUUUAAGACAUCUCCCUAUCCAGUGAUUCUAUCCAUUGAGAAUCACCUUGGCAGAAAACAACAAGAGAAGAUGGUGCAGAUCUUUCGUCAAGUAUUCGGAGAGCUGCUGUUGACUGGCCCACUUCCAGACUACCCCCUUUACGCUAAAGAGGGGGCAGGCGACGUUGUGUAUCCACCGCCGGAACUUUUGAAGCACAAGAUUCUGAUUAAAGCCAAGAAGAAAAGAUUCGAGAAACAGGAGUCAAGAAGUCGCGAUAGCUCGAGCAUUGAUCUACAGGGAUCUUCAAUCGAUUUGACCGAAGAUGAAGAAAUGGAGAAUGAACGAUUCAAUGAGCUCACUGAAGAACAAAAAGCCGCCCAGCUCAGCGAGCUACCAGAAGAAACAACAUGCUCCGAGCUGUCCGCCAUCACCAACUACAUGCAAGCCUAUGAGACCAGUCGUGGAGUUUCCACAGUUGUCAAUCUAGAGAAUGCUACAAAGGACAUCGUUCCAUGCAUAGUAUCUGCUGAUGAGAAUACCGUUUACAACUGUCUCCGUGCAAAUUCCAUUGAUAAAGUCCAAAAUCUUAACAAAUCAAAGAUCACAAGAAUCUACCCGAAAGCCUCUCGCAUCUAUUCCACCAACUACAACCCGAUGAUUCACUGGCUAACCGGCUCGCAAAUGGUUUCGUUAAAUAUUCAGACAAAUUGUUCGAACAUGCAACUGAACUACGCAAUGUUUGAGAGAAAUGGAGGUUGUGGAUACGUGAGAAAACCUGAUUGGCUCAGAGCACGGAAUGUUCAGCUGAGGCCGUUCUUGUCGAUUCCAUUCACGAUAGCGUAUACGGUCGAGGUUGAGAUCAUUGCCGCAUACUUCCUCUCUUCAAUGGAUUCUGGCAAAUUUCGUCGACGAAGUUCAGUUUCCAUUCGCCUCUUUGACGUACCUGAUCAGAUAUCCAAAGAUGAUGCCGCAUCGCCAUCAGUAUCCACGGCUGCAAAAUUCGAAUCCAGCUGCCGACGGCGUACUCGAGAGGAGGCUUCGUUUGUCACUAACUAUGAGCGUCAUGUAUACAGUUUCGACAAAAUCAUGUUGAAUGACAUGUCAUUCAUUCAAUUCAAUGUUCAUAAUGAGUCGGGUAGUGUAUUUGCUCAACGAAUACUUCAUAUUGAUACUAUGAAUAAUGGAUAUCGCUUUGUGACACUUCGUACUCCAUCUAAUCAGUGUGCUGGGCCAGCAUGCCUUUUAGUUAGAUUUGAUCUUUUUAUGCAUUCAGAUAGGAAAAAUUUACAUGACUUGAAGCAAAUGUACAAUCCACACGCAUUUGAAAAGGAGUCUGACAAAUGGGAACGAAGAUUCAGCAAUCCAUUUGCAGACCUGGACAAGUUUGAUGACAAUGAGUUCCUUCUAGUAGAGGGAACACGCAGAGGAUCAGUGGAGCAUGCACCAACAACACCCACCACACCAACCAAGCCAAUGUCUUUUGGGAAGGAGAUUCUGGAAAAGAUAUCGUUUUGGAAGAAGAAGUAGAAUCUAACAUUUUUUGCACAAAAAAUACGAGUUGCAUAAAUCUACCUGGAAUAC